UUUUUUUUAACUCUUCUUUUAUCGAUUUAUUAUUUAUUUGUAUGAUUGUUUGAGGCUGACAGUCAAACCGGGGCGGACGAACUGCGUCUUGACGCGGAGAGCUCGGACUUCUUUGGCUGGGGGGGCGAGAGAAAACACACCACGCACCAAAACACUGUCCUUUCUGUCACUUCUCUUCUUUUUUUUGGGGGGGGGGGGUGGAGGGGGGUCCAGCGACUUUAAACCAGGAACCCGCUUGUGAGCUUUCUUCCCCCGCUGAGGAUGAGAGGAAAUUAGACGUGUUGAUCGAGGCUUUGAGCUUGUUUUACUGGGAUUUAUUUUGGCUGUGGCGAGCAAAGACCCGGAGCGGAGCGGAGCUGCGCGUAAAGAAAAAAAAAAAAAAAAGCGAAAGAGGUCUUUCCUCCGCUCUCCUCAUCUACGUCGCCACCCGGCUACAGUUCUGUCUGUGUGUCUGCGUCUACCCUCCUCUGUCCAUCUAUUUUCUCCAUUUGUUUCCAUGUUGUAGGUCCGUGCGAUUUUGCUAAAAUGCAUCAUCAACAGCGGAUGGCAGCUUUGGGCACGGACAAGGAACUGAGCGACUUGCUGGAUUUUAGCGCGAUGCGAAACAGCGAUUUGAAAAUGUUCCCAUCAUCCAUGAUGUUUUCCCCUCCUGUUAGCAGUGGAAAGAAUGGACCGACCUCCCUGGGGAGUGGACAUUUCUCCGGCUCAAAUAUGGAGGAGAGAACGAGUGCGGGGUCAUGGGCGAGUGGAAGUCGCUCUUCGAAGAGCUAUGCAGAAGGAUCUCAGUACGUCACGUCGCAUGACAGCCUCUCACCUCCUUACGCUAACUCCAGGCUAACAGGUAAAACAGAGAGGAGUUCAUAUUCAUAUGGCAGAGAAUCAAACCCGCACUGCCACCAGUCAUUAUUGGGCGGUGAGAUGGCAUUGGGGAGUCCCGGCGCCACUUCGCCCACCAAGCCGCCCGGUCAGUACUACCAGCAUUACGGCAGCAACCCCCGCAGGAGACUACUGCAUAUGGACUCCAUGGAAAUCCACCCCAAAAAAGUCCGCAAGGUCCCGCCGGGCUUGCCAUCCUCAGUAUACGCUCCAUCUGCCAGCACAGCCGACUACAACAGGGAUUCACCGGGCUAUCCCAACUCCAAACCAACGAGUUCUGGCUUCCCAAGUUCAUUUUUUAUGCCAGAUGGUCACCACAGCGGCGAACCCUGGAGCAGUAGUAGCAGCAAUCUCAGCCAACAGGGUUACCACGGCAGCAUGUUGGGAGGCGGGAACGCCGCCCAUGGCCCCUCCCAGAGCUCCUCCUACUGUGGCGUUCACCCUCACGACAGACUGAGCUACCCAGCGCAUUCAUCAGCAGACAUCAACUCCAGCCUUCCGCCCAUGUCCAGCUUCCACCGAGGAGCAGGCGGCGGGGGCGGGGCUAAUCACUACAGCACCGCCUCUUGCUCCACCGCUCCCACCAACGGCACAGACAGCAUUAUGGCUAACCGAGCACAGAGCGGCGCAGCCAGUAGCUCCCAGACAGGAGACGCCUUAGGGAAAGCACUAGCCUCGAUCUACUCGCCAGACCACACAAACAACAGCUAUUCCUCCAAUCCCUCAACUCCGGUGGGCUCCCCGCCCACCCUCACAGCCGCCAGUUCAGCUGUCUGGUCCAGGAACGGCGGGCAGGGAGCAUCGUCGCCAAACUAUGAGGCUCCACUGCACUCGCUGCAAAGUCGCAUCGAGGACCGUUUGGAGCGCCUGGACGACGCCAUUCACGUACUGCGAAGCCAUGCUGUCGGCCCAUCAACGGCCAUGAGCGGCGGGCACGGUGACAUGCACGGCCUGAUUGGGGCCGCGCACACGCAUAACGGCGCCAUGGGCUCUCUGGGAAGCGGCUACGGGACGGGACUGCUGUCCGGCAACAGACACUCACUCAUGGUGAGCUCUCACAGAGAAGACGGCAGUAUGGGUCCUUUACGUGGUGGCCACUCGAUGGCGGCGGGUCAGGUGCCUCAGCUGCCGGCUCAGUCGGCCACCUCGCCAGACCUCAGCCAACCCGAUCCUUACCGCGCUCUCUCUGGAGGCCUUCAGGGCCAGAGCACCUCUUCCAUCAGCUCAGAGAUCAAGUCCGAGGAUGAGGGCGAUGAGAACCUCCUGCAGGACUCCAAGCCUUUGGACCCCAAGAAGGAAGACAUGGACAGCAAGGAUCUCAAAGGAAUUGAUAGCAACAACGACGAUGAGGACCUGUCUCCGGAGCAGAAGAUGGAGCGGGAACGGGAAAGGAGAAUGGCCAACAAUGCUCGAGAGCGCUUGCGAGUACGCGACAUCAACGAGGCGUUCAAGGAGCUCGGCCGGAUGGUCCAGUUGCACUUAAAAAGCGAUAAGCCGCAGACCAAGUUACUAAUCCUUCACCAGGCCGUGGCGGUCAUCCUCAGUCUGGAGCAACAAGUCAGAGAGAGAAACUUGAACCCGAAGGCGGCCUGCCUGAAACGCCGCGAGGAGGAGAAAGUCACCGUGGCAUCGGACGGCACUCCCCUCUCACUCGCCGCCGCGCACCACGCCGCCAUGGGCGAUGGCGCAAACCCAUUGGGACAAAUGUAAAAUGCAGCAACAUCUUCUCCCCCAUUGAUGGUCCAAGGUGCCAGAGUUCAUCAAAAUGAUGAGUGACCACUUCCUCUGACAGUGUUUCGACGACACCCCAGCAAUCAAUCAAACCCACCGUCGCUUGGCCAAACCAAUCAAGAUUCUCCGGACCAAUCGGAUAGGCCUUAGGGGUUUCCUCCGUGUUCUAAUCUUCCUCUUCAACUUUGCCUCCCUCUUCUUUCAACAAAACAAACCGCGCCGUCACGAACUCCUGCUUUGUGGAGACGCCCGUUGGCCCAUGCAACAGUCGGCUCUUUGUGGGAGAUGUUGUCAUGAAGUUACUGCAAAGGGAAAGAAAACCUACGACCAAUCAUUUAUGAAAUCCUUCUACUUUUACAACAAGCACCAUUCCCGGUUUUAAGAACAUUGGGCUCGAUAUCAGAUCUGUGUAGUGCUGUAUAUGUACAAAUAUAGAGAAAAAAAAAACACACAAAAAACGGACUCAUGCAGUGGGGAGCAUCGGGGAGGCAAACAAAACAUAUCAAAUAUUUGAAGAGAUUUUUUUUUUUUUUUUGGUUUGUUUCGAGCAACAAUGUGCAGCCUCACCAUGUCUCUGACUGAACGGCAAACUAAUGCCACACUGUGGAUGAAGCUGUGCCUGACGUCCUCUUGGAUGCAAAACAGUGAAACGGUCAGAUGGAUACACAAGGAGAAACGACAUAAAACAAACGCUCGUCAAGUUUCCUGCAGAUGACAGGUCACGGAUUCAGUAUGGAUACAAAAAAAAAGGCAUUUUUUGCGAUGGGAAAAAAAAAACAUGUUUUUUUUAACCUAAAUGAUACCUAGUCAAAGCAGAAAAAAAAAAAUCCCCUUCUCACACAGGUCAAAAAGUAUCAUCUCGAUGUUGACUCAUGUUUCAUGCGAAUAACCAUUUCACCGUUUCCUAACCAUCCAUCCUUUUUUCUCCAUCUUUAUUCGUACUUGUGGGUGAGCUGGAGCCCGCCUCCAGCUGACUUUGGGCGAGAGGCGGCAUAAACGCGACAUUGCUCGGCAGAUCGUAACCAGACUGCAAAAUUGGAAAGCCUGAUUAUUUUGGGGAGCUGAUGCAAAAAAAAUAUUUAAAAAAAUACUUACUAUUCCGAGGGCUAAAGUGCAGGACACGCAAAUAAACAAAUCUACCGAGGGGCUGGGGGUACUGCGAUCACUCCGAGUUGGGAAAUUGCACCAAGAAAGGACGAAUCAGACAGACAAAAUGUAGACAUAUUGAAUUAGGUCAAGAGGGCUUGUGAUCAUGCAAAAGCUGAUCAUCACAGCCUCAACAAAAACAUCCCGCCUCACCGUAUAUCUUUGCAUCAAAGAAGGCCACGGGAUAGGGGGGAAAAAAAAGAGAAUAGAACUGUGUAAUGGAAGUGUAUCUUAGGACGCCUUCUGCACAUUCCGCAAAUACGCCGCUCAAGGGAGUGCUGAGGAAGUCAACCCGGCAGUGAAAUGGACCGACUUCCAUCAGGUUUCAAUAGCCAAAGAGAAUAUUGGAUCACAUUGCAGCAAGGCAAGACCAAAAAAAAAAAAAUCGGUCAGUUUUAGGCUAACGCGUCGGUGACUAAAUUGCCAUACCCUUUGUGAAUUGGUUCAUCGAACCAAAGCCUCAUCCAAAGCUAAACCCUCUCACAUGUCCCCAAAUACCUCAAAUUAGCGGGGGUUGUCUUCAUGUUUGAACCAUGGGCAACAUGACGUCGCCUUUGGAUUUUCUCCUGAUGCUAUUUUGGUCUUUGCUAACAUGCAGGACAGCUCCACAUAGCGACGAGUGUCAACGCUGGUAAAGCAUUCCCAUCAAAAAAGAACCAUCUCAUCUCAUCCUCAAUUUUGUGCAGUCCGUGGUUGCUCUAUCUGGCCAAACAUCUGGUAUGAAAGUCCGAGUUUUUUUUUUUUUUUUCCUUUCACUUUCAGUUCAGACCAUCAAACUGUUUGACGUCCAGGGGGCCCCGCCGUACUUUUCCGCCAACCUUUUAUACGGACGGACUCCUGUGAUUUUCUUUCUUUCCGAAUCAUCUGCGUUGUUAUUUGAAGUCUCAGUAUGAGACAUUGUGCUGUAUUUUAACAGUAAAAGUCAUGAGUCGUGCCCGAUCGUAUCAGUUUGCAGUGAAUGUCGAACCUCUGAAAACAGACAAGGCCAACCAGAAUAUUGUUUCUUACACUUUUACCUCCACCAGUUUGACAUCUUUGAAAACCAAUAUGUUUGAUUCUCAAGCUCAGUGCUGUCCUUUGUGCUGAUCCAAGCCUUAUGAGCCCGAACAAUGUGGUCUAGAGCCCCCACCCGCCUCCCCCCCAUCCAAUCCCUUAGCCCCAGAGCGGUCCCAGAGAUGCAAUUUGAACAUUCACACUUCUACCAAUGUGCCUUUUUAGAGUUCAUAUCAUUGGAGUUGCCAGAGGAGGAGCUGGUCUUUCAUAGGAUGCAAGCUUAGGGAAACCUGUUGUUGGUCAUUAGGUUCUAUGCAGUCAGGUUUUUAUACCAGACCUGGGAAUUUAAAAAAAAAAUCAAAAAAAGUUGGAAAAAAACAAACAAGAAAACAAAAAAUAAAAAAAGUAUUUUUGGGAUUUAAAAACAAAAAGAAAAAUAAAGUGUAUUUGAUGUACUGUAUGCUUAUGUGUAACUAGAGCGUGUUCUGACAGACGCUUUUAGCAAAACGAGCCCUCGCCCCGGUUCUCCCAGCCCCUUGGAAGACAUCCAUAAUCCUGCACCAAGGCCCCGUUUUCAUGGUGAACGCGUCUCUUCUUGUAAUAUAGCUGAUCAGCUUUUUAUCAAUAUUUGAUGGGCUUUUCCUUGGGCCAAUGUAGUCUCCAGUACAACGUGUGUGGUUGUAUGUUGUAAAGCGCUUUUUUUUUCCUCCUUUUAUUUUUUUAAGGAAAAUAAUUUUCUUGUUCAUUUUUAUUUGUAUGUUCUGGUUUACAUGUCUAUUACAGAAAAUAGAAAUAAAAAAAUAAAAAUCAACACAAUUUACUAUCGUUAGUGUUGUUCUCUGACAAGCGUCCAUUUUGGCACAGUUAAAAUCCUACUCAAUCAACGGGAGGGCACAGAAACUGGAAAAUAAUCUAUUUGAAUAGAUCAAUUUAUAUAUAAAUGUACAAAAAAAUAUAUACAAUAUAUAAGGAGGGUGAAAUUUUUCAUUUGUUUUUAUUUUGGGUUCUUUUUUUUUCCUCUGUUGCAAAUAAGCAUUUUGCUGGGGGAGGAAUACAUUUUUUUUUUUCCAAAGACUGAACUGCCAGGCCCCCAGUGUUACAACUCAUCAGCGGAUUCUGUUAUUUCUUCUUAUGUUGCCAUGACAACCUCUGCCUCUGACUAAUAUGGCGCCGUGCACAGGACAAAAUGGCACCGGAGGUCCAACAGCGACACUCACCGCUAUCCAUCAUGGCGGUGACACACAGACUUUGUAAAUUGUAUGCAACAAAACAGCAAACCGAACCCAUAUUUUGAAAUUGUGUAUGUAAAAGUUAUAUUUUUACAUGUAGAUGUUGUUAUUUGUGUUCUUAGAACGCUGAUUUUUUUUUUUUUCCCUUUCCCGGGAUUAUUUUGAAAAUGUGUGUUUAAAAAAAGGAAAUGUCAUAUUGAAGUCAUUGUAAGAUCAGAAAUUCACCAACUUUUUUUUUUUAAAUCAUGUUGGAGAUGUUCGGGAUGUUAGGACAAUGAUGGCUGACAAGAUCAAAACGGUAUAUUUGUUCGAUUUCCCCAUGCCUCAGAAUAUGUCCACUGUAAUUGUUUUUUUUUUUGUUGUUUUUUUUUUUUUUUUUACCUUCCGGAUAAAAGUGUAAAUAGUUACCAAUCAAAUUCUGUGAGGUUUCAGUGGGGUGAGGACUUGCCUAUGAGAUGUGACAAUGAUGAUGAAGCUGUUUUUAAUAAAAUAGUAUUUGUCUGUUUACAGCAGCCAGUUGCCAACUCUCCGUUGUCCGUUGUACGCGGCGCUGUCAUCGUAGUUGCGGGCCAGCAGAAGUGGAAGUCACAUGAUUAUCUUCUGUAAGAGCCAGGCCAAGGCAUUUUUUUUCAGGGCGGGAGGGUCAAAAGUGCGUAUUUCAACAUUGUUAUAUAAAAUUGGAUUAUCCUCCAACAUAUUUGUCACAGCAGAACUUUGAUUGUGUGUUGAAUGACACCGACGUGAAUUUACUUGAAGUGUCGGGAAAUAAGUGACCUGAUGUACCCAAAGAAAGUCCGUCGAUUCAAACGACUCUUGUGGCAAUGGGCCUGCUCUGACGCCUGUGUAUUUAUUUCUUCGAGGUGUAAAUGGAAGUCCCGCGGAACACGAUUCGUAAUCAAGUUUUGUAAAAAAAAAUAAAUAAAUAAAAAAUUAUAAGAAGAAUUAAUAAUAACAAUCGUAACAUUGGACUUUUCUAAUAUAAAUGAAGAAGUUGUCAGCAAAUGAUCGUAUCAGCUGUUUCCCCAAAACAAUUUCAGAUGGCGUGCAAGGCAGUUUCAGUUUGAUUUUAAUGUUUGCCAUGACAAUUGACUUUUGUGUCAGAAGGCCGUGCUGCUUCGAAUCGGACCUAGCUUGAACGCUAGGAUUUGAUCUGUCAGUGUAAAAUAAAUGUGUUUUUUCAUAAUGUUAUUUUUGCGACAUUUCCUUUCCACAAUUUUCCAUUGGUUUUUAUGAUCAUGUCAUUUCGCAUUGUCAUCAUUUUGUCUUACCCUCUUCGCCAACGUGUUGAUUUCUUCUCCCUCCCUGUUGUACAUACGCAUCUCAUUUCUGUUUUUCUGUGACUGUGCCAAGAGCUUUGUAAUCUGUUACUCUGUACCAGUUUUCCUGCAAUAAUGAGUUGAAUUCCAAAAUC